UCCACAACGAAGCCACUGUCAGCGUCUUCUUCUUCAUCUUCCUCCUCUACCCUGCUGCAGCUCAAGCUCCAUUGCUGCACCUCUGGCUCCCUCUUAAAUACACAGAGAUACUCCGGAAGCAAGGUCAAUUUUCAAUUUCUGAGAGUAAAACAUAUCGUCAACUCAUGCGAACUAAAACCCUAACAACAAGAUGACACUUUCAUACCACUCCAUCUCGCCAAUUCUCAUCCGUAGUGCCAACAAAACCACCAUACAGGAAUACAAUUUUCCCCAAUUUAGCACCCGAGGGUUCAAAUUUGCCGGGCGCCGGUCAAUAGUAAUCUGCGAGAGCUCCCUCGCUAAACCACCCAACUCCCGAUCCAGAACCAGAUCCAAACCCAAACCGAAAGAGCUGGUCUUUGGAUACCCUUCAAACAGCGUCGAAAAAGGCAAGUACAGCUAUGAAGUUGAAAGCCUACUGAAUAAACUCUCCGGCUUACCCCCACGGGGCAGUAUAGCUCGUUGCUUGGAGCCGUUCAAGAACAAGCUUAGCCUCAAUGACUUUGCUUUGGUUUUCAAAGAGCUUGCACAACGUGGAGACUGGCAAAGAUCUUUACGUCUCUUUAAGCAAAUGCAGCGGCAGGUCUGGUCUAAGCCGAAUGAUCAUAUCUACACGAUUGUUAUCGGAAUUUUGGGUCGUGAAGGUCUUCUUGACAAAUGCUACGACGUGUUCGAGGAAAUGCCCAGCGAAGGGGUGCCUCGUACCGUGUUUUCAUAUACCUCGAUCAUCAAUGCCUAUGGGCGAAACGGUCAGUAUGAAACUUCCCUACAGCUUCUUGAUAGAAUGAAAAAAGAAGGAAUUUCCCCCAAUAUCUUGACAUACAACACUGUGAUAAACUCCUGUGCGAGAGGUGGGUAUGAUUGGGAAGGCUUAUUGAGUUUAUUCGCUGAAAUGCGACAUGAAGGGUUACAACCAGAUUUAGUUACUUAUAACACUCUUCUCGCUACUUGUGCUAAUAGAGGUUUAGGCGAUGAAGCUGUAAUGGUUUUCAGAACCAUGAACGAAGGUGGAACAAUACCAGAUACCACUAGUUACGAUUACUUAGUUCAAACUUUUGGCAAAUUGGGUAAUCUUAAAAAGGUUUCAGACCUUCUUAUGGAGAUGGAAUCAAGAGGGAAUUUACCCGAAGCAUCUUGCUAUAAUGUCCUAUUGGAAGCAUACUCAGAUUUGGAACAAACAAAGGAUGCACUGGAUGUGUUUAGGCAAAUGCAGACUGCUGGUUGUAUACCUAAUGCAAUGACUUACACUAUUCUAUUGAAUCUUUUUGGGAAACAAGGAAGAUACGAUGAAGUUCGUGAGCUUUUUCUUGAAAUGAAAGUUAGCAGUAUGGGAUUAGAUGCUGCCACAUACAACAUUCUCAUAGAUGUUUUUGGAGAAGGUGGGUAUUUCAAAGAAGUGAUAACUUUAUUCAAUGAUAUGGUAGAUGAGAAAAUCGACCCGAAUAUGGAAACAUAUGAAGGAUUAAUAGUGUCAUGUGGGAAAGGAGGACUUCAUGAAGAUGCUAAAAGGAUUUUACUACACAUGAGAGAAACCGGAUUAGUCCCAAGUUCAAAAGCUUACACUGGAAUCAUAGAAGCUUAUGGACAAGCUGCAUUAUAUGAAGAAGCUCUUGUCACUUUCAAUACAAUGAAUGAACUCGGUAGGAAUCCAACCAUUGAAACUUUUAAUUCUUUGAUUGAUGUGUUUUCAAGAGGGGGAUUAUACAAAGAAAGUGAAGCAAUAGUGUCGCGAAUGAGUGAAGUUGGUGUUUCGGGUGACACAGAUACUUUCAAUGGAGUGAUUGAAGCAUUUAGACAAGGGGGACAAUUUGAAGAUGCAAUCAAAGCUUAUGUUGAUAUGGAAAAAGCAAAGUGUAAUCCAGAUGAACGUACACUUGAAGCAGUUUUGAGUGUUUACUGCUUUGCAGGUCUUGUAGAUGAAAGUGAAGAACAGUUUCAAGAAAUUGAGAAAAUGGUGGAGUUGCCUAGUGUCAUGAGCUACUGCAUGAUGCUAUCAAUCUAUGCAAAAUCUGAAAGGUGGGAUGAUGCACAUGAGUUGUUGGAUGAGAUGAUAAGAUGUGAUUCAUCAAACAUUCAUCAAGUGAUUGGGAGGAUGAUUAGGGGAGAUUAUGAUGAUGAAUCGAAUUGGCAAAUGGUGGAAUAUGUUUUUGAUAAAUUAAACACAGAAGGGCGUGGAUUAGGGUUAAGAUUCUACAACACACUUCUAGAAGCUCUUUGGUGGUUAGGUCAAAAAGAAAGAGCUACAAGAGUGCUUAAAGAAGCAACAAAAAGAGGUCUUUUCCCUGAAAUAUUCCGUAAGAGCAAACGUAUAUGGUCUGUUGAUGUACACAGGUUGUGGCCUGGGGGUGCGUGUACAGCUCUAUCACUUUGGUUUAAGAACAUGAGAGAGAUGUUAAAGGAAAAAGAGGAUCUUCCUCAUUUAGCUUCAGUGGUUGUAGUCAGAAGAGGACAGAUGGAGAAGAGUUCCAUAACAAGAGAUUUUCCAGUUGCAAAAAUGGUGUAUUCGAUUUUGAAAGACAGUGUAUCAUCAUCUUUCUGUUUACCUGGAUGGAACAAGGGUAGAAUCGUGUGUCAAAAACCUCAACUUAAAAAGAUUCUAGUUGAUAUGGGAAAAGGGUCUGAGAAUGAGAUUAUGAAUUUGAGUAAUGCCCCUAUUCCUGUUGUGGAUUCAAGAACAAACAAGGGUAAGGUCAGAAAAGGUGGGAUGAAUAAUGGUGAAGUAAAGAUUGGUUUAAAUGGUGGGAGUGGGGCCCACAUCGAUACAAGAACAGAGGUGGCAACAGGCUCCUUUUAGAAUUUUGAAAAACCCAAUUUUGUUCUGUUCACUAAUAAUAAUCUCUUAGUUAUGGGAAAUGAGAUGUUAGUAUUUUUGUUCAUGUGUAUCAUUCUAGAUUUGAUUUUGUGGCUUUUGUUAUCAUAGGAGCCAAAUAUAGCACUCGAAAUUGCUUUGUAUUUUGAUGACAUUGAUAUAAUUGGGUAGGUUUUUAAAAAGUACAAUGUUGUAAUAGGAAGACAUGAAAGUAGGAUGCUAUAAUAAACAAAUCAGUGAAGGUACGUUGUUAUUAAA